CCCCUAUGAAGAAAUUAAACACGACUGAUCUAGAUUGUAUCUUUCAACUGUAAACAAGUAGAGGUUGAGUCGUCCUUCCUCUCCACUCCAAGAGGACUUUCGGUUUCCAUAUACUGCUAAAUUCACGAAGAGAUUUAAAGGGUACCAGUUUAAUGGCGUACAAUGGCUCGAAUUUCGUUAGAUUGCCCCAACUCGCUACCAGGGAUCCCCCUCAGCGUGCUGUCGGUGCCGAUGGAAAACAAAUAUAAAUGCCAGCAGUGUCUCCUAGUUUUAAGGAAGCCAGUCCAGGCUCAGUGUGGCCAUCGUUUCUGUGUCCACUGCUUCAAACAGCUCACCAGUUCUGGUCCAAAGCCGUGUGAAGCCUGUCGGGCAGAGGAGAUUUACGAAGAACCUAUUUCCAUUUUAAAUAGUACUGAGGCCUUCCCUGACAAUGCAGCAGGUAGAGAAAUAGCCAGUCUGCCUGCAAGGUGUUUAAAUGAGGGCUGCCCUUGGACUGGAUCAAUCAAAGAGUAUGAGGCUCAACAUGAAGGUCGCUGUGAUUUUGAAAAGAUACAGUGCAGCAGCUGUAAAAACUAUAUUCUGCGUUCAGAGAGGGACAGGCACAAUGAAAGGGAGUGUGAAGCAAGGACACUCAACUGUAAAUACUGCAAAGUCACGUUCAAUUAUAAGGAUAUCAAGGCACAUGAUGAAAUCUGUCUGAAGUUCCCCCUACAAUGCAAAGACUGUGGCAAGAAAAAGAUCCCGAGAGAAAAGUUUAGUGAUCACCUCCGGUCCUGUGCCAAGUCUAAGAGCUCAUGCCCGUUUAGUGAAGUGGGCUGUAAAGCUGUGAUCGACAACAGUAAGCUCAGUGACCAUGAGAGCAGCAGCACAGUGGAGCACCUUCGUCUGCUGCUCCCCAUGGUUCUGUCCAUGGUGCGGACCCGUGUGGAUGCCUCUGCUCUGUGCGAGUGGCAGGAGGACUCUGGGCUGGGCUUGUACCGGGCUCCUGAGGAAGGGGUCUCAAUGGGUGCCAGUGCAUCAGUGCAUUCUGUGGACUUGGAUAAAAAGGUGACCGCUUUAGAAAACAUAGUGUGUGUCCUAAAUCGUGAGGUGGAGCGUAGUUCAGUUACAAUGGAGGCUUUUGCACAUCAGCAUCGUUUGGAUCAAGAGAAAAUUGAAAACCUGUCCAAUAAAGUACGUCAGCUGGAGAGGACUUUGGCCAUGAGGGACCUGCAGCUUUCAGAGACCGACCAGAUUGUACGGGAACUGCAGUUUUGCACAUACGAUGGUAUUUUUGUGUGGAAGAUAACUGACUUUUCACGACGCAAACAGGAGGCUGUGGCAGGUCGGACACCAGCCAUGUUCUCCCCAGCCUUUUACUCCAGCAAAUACGGCUACAAAAUGUGCCUGCGCUUGUAUUUAAACGGAGAUGGCACUGGGAGGGGAACUCAUCUAUCUCUGUUCUUUGUGGUGAUGAGGGGCAAGUGUGAUGCACUUCUAAAAUGGCCAUUUAGUCAGAAGGUGACAUUGAUGCUUCUGGAUCAAAAUAACCGAGAGCACAUUAUAGACGCAUUUCGGCCUGAUGUCACCUCCACCUCUUUCCAGCGCCCCAUCAGUGAGAUGAACAUUGCCAGUGGUUGCCCCCUCUUCUGCCCUCUGGCCAAACUGGCCGGAAAGAGCCCAUAUCUGCGUGAUGAUACUAUCUUUAUCAAGGCUAUAGUGGAUCUUACAGGUUUAUGAGGUGUGUACACUGUGGAAGUUGUGCACAUCUAACAACAUUAAAUUAUAUAAUUACUAAUAAAAGGAAACCUAUAUUAUUAUAUAAGUAAUAAUAACAGAUAAUUUAUUGCUAUUUAUAUUCGACAUUCAUUGUCUAAUAGUCUACAAAGUGAAUUAUUAUAAUAUACAUAUAUAUAUAUAUAUAUAUAUAUAUAUAUUGUAAAUAUACAGUAUAUACUAUUUCAAAGCGAGUGUCAUUAAAUGGGCAAACAUCAGUCAAUAUAUAUAAUAAACACCAUAUACAUCACAUUUAAUUUAUCAUGUAGUUACUGUGAGAUAAUGGCCUUCAAGAUCUGCAACAGCAUGCUAAUCAUAGAUAGUGGUUUCACCGAAAGCUAAUCUAAAACAAAACUGCUUCAGCUGUAUUGAGAAAGAACUGAGCCAAGUCGUAGUGAGAGGGUCCCAUGAAAACAACGUUUUGUACAGGAGAUACAUGUGAAAUACUGCUGUAUUAUAUAGAUUGUGGUGAGUAUUUCUAUAGGAUUUCAUCAUCAAUAUAAAAGUUAGAAUAACCUUCUAUUCAACUAACAGGCCUCUAUAAUGCUGCUUUUAAUAACAUUGAACUUGUAACAUUCAUAAUGAUGAAUAGACAUUUAGACAUUAGUUCAAGUUUUAUAAUACACUGGAUGUUGCUUUGCAUUGGUUGACCAUUACAAGUCAGCCUACAUAAGCAUGUAGUAGUGUGUCUUCCUAAUUACUGUGUAAUCAACAGCAUAGUUUGGUUGGUAACAUUUGUUCUAUAGACAUUUUUAUUUUAAAAUCAACAAUUCCAAUGUAAAAAAAUAAAAUGCUGCAAAACUGC